CUCGUGUAAUCGUACAUCAUCACUUCCAUUGUUUUCAUUUUUCUCUCGGUUAUCAAUUUUUCAGCACCUUGGUCUGGUUGAAUCUCGCACUUUCAUUCCGUUGAAGCAACCCUCAUUCCUUUUUAUUCAGAUCCCUCCCACGAGCAGACAAGACUAGUCAACUCUCUCUUAUUACGACACAUCCAUAUCGCUGCAUUUCAUGUCUAAGCAGCAACCCACUCGCAGCCGUGGACGUGGAAAGACAAACAGUGGCCAGCAAGGCAGCAGCGAACCCGUGGCGAUUGAAGACCUGGGGUCUUCCAACACCAUUGUCGUCAAUACGUCUCCGUCAACCUCACCCACACUGACCACAACGGCGGCGCCUACGACGAGAAUCAUUGUAAGAUCUCCAGAACCGAUCCAAUACGACGAGCUUUCUUCUUGUCAGCAGUCGUCGUCAUUGGAGUCUCACACUCACGAGUUCUCGGAGCUGUCGAUCGGGGAACAGUUUGGUCGUCGACACGGACAGGAUUGGCCUGCAGGAUCCUUUGUGAGAUGCGCUUCUUGUCCCAAUGGACGCGAAAAGCCUAGAUCCCAUUCGCGUGGAAGGAGAAGGAUGUCAGGUGUGCUUUACAAGGCAAUUACGCCGCGACCGGUUUUGUCGGCACAGAGUUUUCAGGAGGCACGCAAGUCUGAGGAGGAAAUCGCGGCCAUGAAGGGCAAACAAGUACAGGAGUACUAUCAAUCACUGGUAUGGAUGAGAUAUGAGCAUCACAACAUGUAUCUUGAUCAUCAGUCUAUUGCGCAAAGAGAGCUCACUUAGUGUUUGGUGUAGACUAAUUAUCUUACUCAACUGUCUUGCCUUUUUAAUGGAAACAGAAUGGUCUUCUGGACUCGUUUGCAGAGGUGGAAGAGAUCUUGAAGGAGCAUCGGGCGGAAGAGCAGGCAAAAGCUCAGAUACUGCCAC